AUGGCCUGGCAGAGAUUCGUUGGUAGACGAGGUAAUCCAUCGAAUGUGUUCUCCGACAGCGGGUCCAAUUUCGUCGGUGCACAAAAAGAGUUGAGCGACUGGUUGAUGCGGUUAGACAAACGCGCCCUGCAAGACCGACUGCCGCCAUCUGGAUACCAAUGGCACUUAAACCCACCUUACAGCAGUCACCGCGGAGGAGUUUGGGAACGGCUUAUACGGUCGGUGCGAAAACGAUUGACGGCGUCAUGUGAACAACAGGCGCCGGAUGGUGAAACUUUGAACACAUUUCCGGUAGAGGCGGAAAGGAUACUCAACAACCGACCGCUUGUACCCGUCACCAGCGAUGACUUGCAUGGGCGGGCACUAACUCCGAGUGAUCUUCUGCUAUUGAGGUCCAAUGAUGGUCUAGAUAUGCCAAAAACUAUUAGUGGUUGCUAUACCUCGGGUUGGAAGCAUGCGAACUAA